CAGAUACGCCCUGCUGCGGCAGAUGUGUGAAGCGAAUGACGUUUUCUCACUGUGACAAAAUUUUGUUUUCUUUUCCGCUGCAGACGAUUCGUGUUUGUCUGAGAGUCAUCGUCUACGACUCAAUAAUCUCUCGUGCUGGAUUUCCUUAUCUGCGAAGCGACGAAACGAUCCGAAACUGAUUUGGCGACCGAGAUGGAGCCCUGUUUCGACCGCUUGGCCGACUAGACGUCGAAGCGAAAUCUAGCCGGCUCUCCGCCCUGUCAGGCGCCAUGUUGAUCAGGCCUGUCCUUAAAGGGCUCUUUUGGCCUUUGGCUCUGGCCUUUGUCUCGGUCUGUGUUUCAGCAGACACAGACUCGGACGACGCAGAAAUCAUCUUUAAAGCUCCUGAACCAGUUGGCUUAGGAGAAAAUGCGACAUUCGUUUGCACAGUGUACGAAGCAGACACAGAUUUAGUUUGGGAUUACUCCGAGACUGAAUUGGAGAAGAGCAAAAAAUACCACAUUGUUCAGGAUUUUCGUGUAGAAAAUGAGCCAAAAAGCUCGACCGUCCUGACUGUCGUCGACUCCUCUAUUGACGACGAAGGCACCUAUUAUUGCCGAUCCAAGUCAAGCAACCUUUCAAGAUCUGGCAAUUUAACAAUUUAUGUUAAGCCAGUUGUUUUGGUGGAACCUGUUGUCAGAGUCAAUGCCAAUGAGACUGCCAUACUUACGUGCCAUGUGAGGGGCUACCCGGUCCACUCGAUCCAUUGGCGGUUGGAUGGAUUUGAAGAAAUACUGAACGAUUCAAAGGUGGAGAAACAUAACGAUACGCACUGGACUUCCAAAUUGACGGUUAACAACAAAGUCAAAGGCUCAGACAACGGCAGCUACUUAUGCGAGGUUGAAACUCUAGGCAGUGAACGCGUGUCUUCUCGCGUGACGCUCUUGGUUCUUGACAAGCCGGGCAUCGCGUUUGGCGUGGUAAAAGCGAUCAGCAACACAAGCAUAUUUGUCAACUGGACCGUAAACCACGGAAACAUGCCGAUCGAAAGCUACCUCCUGAAGUUCACUGAAUCGCAGGAGAAAGGGUGGCAGUACGCGAGCAGGAAAGUGGAGGUCAACGACACUGACUUUAUCCUGGAAAACCUGAAGCCAAACACGCCCUACCGCGUGAUGCUUGAAGUGAAAAAUGAGAUUGGCACAGCCACUGCCAUUCAGCGUUCGCUCGUCAAGACGCUCAAAGAGGAUCCGGAAUUUGUGCCGAGCGCAUCUAUUUCUGGUAUGGGUGGAAACUCUAUGACAAUCAAGUGGAAUUCGCCACCGCAGCAGCUGCAAGACUUUGUCCAUUACUACCAGCUGGAGCUGCUGAAUGGAAAGAUUAAAAAAGAGGCCAUCCAAAUAGCAGUGCACACUGAAAUGCACAUGUUCUACAUGUUUGACGAGUUGCAGCCGGACACGCUGUACUCGCUUCGAGUCGCCGCGUGCAGCGAGUUCACCAAGAAGUGUUUUCCAUGGUCCAAACUAGUCGAAGGAAGCACCUUGCAGCAACCUCCUGGACCUGUUUCUGAUCUCUUUGUUUCCUGCAAGCAUGACAACGUCAGCAAGAGCAGCUUAGUAUUUGUUUCAUGGGGUGAACCUAAACAACCCAGAGGAAACAUCACCAGAUACUCAUUGGAAAUUCAAGGCUUCGCGACAUUUCUGAACGAACGAGGCUUGUUGAUGAACGAGACCUAUGGGCCAAAAUCGAAGAGCGUUGAGCGCAAAGACGCGACCUUUGAAAACUUGCCCUCCAACACCAACUACACCGUCAAAGUGUUGAGCGUGAAUUCGCAGAAGAUGAAAGGCGAAGAGGCGAAAAUGGAAUGCCAGAUGCCUCCAACUGUCCCAGAUAAGGAGCGCACAUUGAACUUUAACUGGGGAGUCGUGGAGGACAGGACCUUUGGCCACGUCCUCCAGCUCUUUUCCUCCAGGAUAACUGAGAGGAAUGGUGCGAUUUGCUGCUACAGGGUUAUAGUUGUCAAGCUUGGCUCCAACAAAAAGGUGAUGGAUCUUCCGCCGCCAGAAAACACUGUGCUCUCCUCGUACGACGAAGUACGCCUGAGCGAUUCAGGAGGUGCGUACGUCGCCGAGGCAAUCGACAGCGUGAAUCUGAAGCCGUCCACCUUCGUCGGCGAUGGCAGUCAGAAAACCACUGACGGCGAGAACAUGUGCCGCGCGUGCUUCAAGGAGGUAGAGUCAGCGUCGGAGCCACCAGCGGAGGCCACCACUGUCAGUCAGUCAGACGGCCAGGUGACCAACUCGACGUCCGUUCUGCUGUCUGCCUUGGUCAGCAAGAAGGAAAAACAGCUUACCAUUUCCGACUUGUUCCCUGCCCACGUCCAAGACGGACCGCUUGACCUUGAUAGCCAGUACACAGGAUUCGUGCAGAUCAUAGUUUAUGGACCGGACAACUCGAUGCUGCAAACUUUCAGCAAUUACUUCACGGCGAUCAGGCCCAACAGUCACGUGAUCGUGGCCAGCGGCUACAAUGAAUUUCUGACCCUUGGACACAAUAUCACAAUAGCCCUAUUAGUCUUGGUGCUUAUUCUUGCGCUCGCCGUUUGUCUAAUCUCGAGGUACUCUAAGAGUAUUGCCGACCAGCAAGGCGUCGAACUUACUCUUCGCGAGUCCUUCAGAGCAAUAUUGUGUAACAAGGGCUACUCAGAAGUGGAGAUGGUUUGUGGCAGGCACUUCUGCCAGAGUUUGCGAAACGGAGCAGCUGGAGGCCGUGUGCCGGUCAUCAACAAUCCGCCAGACAUGACGCCAAUCCUUAGAGACGACAUGCCAUCGGCGUACCAGGAUAGACACAAGGACUCUGAUUAUGGUUUCCAACACGAAUUUGAGCUUUUGCCUGACCGUUUCACCGACCGCACAACCAAGAGUUCUGAAUCGAGAGAAAACCUGUACAAAAAUCGGUACCCUGACAUUAAGUCGUACGAUCAGACCAGAGUGAAGCUGGCCCAGGUGGACGGCGUAGCCAGCUCAGACUACAUCAACGCCAACUUCGUCAUCGGCUAUAAAGAGCGGAAGAAAUUCAUCUGCGCCCAGGGCCCCAUGGAGAACACAGUCAACGACUUCUGGAGGAUGAUUUGGGAGCAGCACCUGGAACUGGUGCUUAUGCUGACCAAUCUGGAGGAGUACAGCAAAACCAAGUGCUUUAAGUACUGGCCAGAUGAAGGCGACAAGGUUUUCGGCGACAUCACAGUCACCAAUGUCCAAGAGAAACGAUAUUCAGACUAUAUUGUACGCGAAUUGAAGAUAAGCCAGUCGACGCCCGAGAGCGAGGAGCGGAGCAUCAUCCAGUACCACUACCUGGCUUGGAAGGAUUUCAUGGCGCCGGAGCAUCCAUCUGGCAUCCUAAAAUUCAUUAAGCGGAUGAACGAAGUGUACUCGCUGGAAAAGGGGCCAAUCCUGAUCCACUGCAGCGCCGGAGUCGGCCGCACGGGCACCCUGGUCGCGCUUGACUCUCUGCUGCAGCAGAUCCAGGAGGAGGGCGAGGUGUCGGUCUUCAACACAGUGUGCGAUCUGCGCCACCAACGCAAUUUCCUCGUGCAGAAUCUUAAGCAGUACAUCUUUGUCUACCGCGCACUUGUCGAGUUUUCGCAGUUUGGAGAUGCCGAGUUCAAGGUCACCAAGUUCAAGGCCGAGCUGGAAAAGAAAAAGUUGCUCGAAACGGGCAAGGCCAAGUGUCUGCUGGAAGAAGAGUUUGAGAAACUGAAACGCGUAACCGAAGAGCCAAAGGUAUGUUCAAUAGCCAGCGGGGAGGAAAACAAAUCAAAAAAUAGAUCCGAAACGAUAUUGCCAUACGACAGAAAUAGGGUCAUUCUCACCCCAAUGCCCGGCCGCGAACAUUCAACGUAUAUAAACGCAUCAUUCAUCGAGGGUUACGACAACUCCGAGUCGUUCGUCAUCUCGCAAGACCCGCUCGACACCACGAUAGCAGACUUUUGGCGCAUGAUUUCGGAGCAGGGCAUCACGACUCUGGUGAUGCUGUCCGACCUGAAAGAGGGAACAAAGAAAUGUCCUCGUUAUUGGCCAGACGACGAGACCAGUCACAACCACAUCAAAAUCAAGUACAGUCAGAGUGAAAGCGGUCCAUACUUCACGAAGAGGGAAUUCAACGUCACGAACUGCAAGACUGAUGAAAGCAUCAACGUAACUCAAUUCCAAUACAACGGCUGGCCCACUGCAGAAGGCGAAAUGCCGUCUGUAGCCAGAGGACUGACUGACCUUGUUGACCACGUGCUGACACAUCACGAGUCUAAUGGAAAUUCUGGACCAAUCGCUGUCCACUGCCACCUUGGCGUGGAUCGAAGUGCAAUCUUUGUUGCGCUGGCCAUACUAAUCCAGCAAAUCCAAACUGAGAAAAGAGUUGAUAUUUUGUCAGUUGUUCGGAAACUUCGUUGCCAAAGACAGGGCAUGCUCGACAGCUAUGCCCAGUACGAAUUUUUGCACCGUGCAGCAAUGACGUACAUUGACCUGCACCAUCUGGCUUCCGAGGACACCUAGAAAUUUUUGUUCGAGCGACAGCCAAAGACAAGUUAAUUCUUUAGAAAAGAUAAGUGAUGUGUUCCUGGUCAGAAUCGGAGAAACAAGAAAAAGAUCGGUGCGGAAAUCAAAAUGAUGACGCGUCCUCCCCAGUGCUGCGCUGUCAUCGGAAACGGCUAUCUGCUGGCUGGCAUUUUUAAUGCAUUUUUUACGUAUUACAUAAGUAUUUCUCGGCAGCUACGAUAGCAUUGUUGUAAAAAGUUAACGCGAAACCACUGUCAUCUAUAUUAAUAAGGCGAUGACCUGUCAUCUGUAAGGACCCCCUUUGACUUCAUUUUUUUACCUUUAACAAUGAGCUGGAGAUUUGUUAAAUUUACCCAUGACUCGAUGAUAAUAAACUACUCGUUGUGAUCUGUUGUGAAAUUCGUUUGCCCAGGCAGCAAACUUUCCUCCCAGCGGAGAAUGGAAGGUACUCUAAAAAUUUCGCUACUUUUGUUUACGUUUUUAUAAGAAAACUGAGCAUUUCGUGACAUUCUUUUGCCGAAACUUUUCCACGUUUUAUUAAACUGUCAAUGAGAUGCCCAAUCUACUCGGCACAUUCCUAUGUGUGCUAAAUGGAAAUUGUCUACUCAAAUAAAAAUAAGCUUCAUUCAUAA